GUAUAUUUCAAAUCAUUCUCCAAAUAUUUCCUCGACAUAAGAUACUUUGGAGAGCUAGACCAUCAUCCAUUUAUCUAAUCCAAAGAAUAUCAGUAGCUCAUUGCAAAAGAAAUCCUGUUCACAUCUCCAGGUUAUCACAAUUUUCAUCUCAAGCGAAAUAUUUAGGAAUUUAUCCACACGCAGAACCUAUCAGCACUCAACAGUAUAAAGUGUCUCAAAAUGUAUAUCCUCAAAGCCCUAUGCCAUUCGAUACUUGCUAUGGCCUUCUCGGAUUCUGUUCAAAUACAGGCUCAAUUGAUUUUCAACCCUCCUUUAUCUGAAGUCGAGCUUGGGCAGCUACAUAAUAUUUCGGUACCUCUAUCUAAUAGCUCCAUGGAUAUAGUCAAUUGGUCCAACGCAUUACUUCCGAAUUCAACUGUGCUUGACAAUUCAUAUGAGGAUUCUAUGCAACGUCAGUUGGUAUGCAAUUAACAUUCCCAAGGAAUACUAAUGCAGAUACUGAUUGAGAAUAGCUGGACGUUCUUUCUAGUAUAUAUAACUACAUAACUUCGAAACCCGAUACCAUUAAUCAAGUUCAGAAUGCCCGAAACCAUCCAAGGGACUUUAAAAAUACGACUGGAGAUAUGAUAGCUAAGUCGGUGGGUGGAUUACAACCAAGAGGCUUUUCAACCAAUACGACGUUACAAAAUGGCAAUGCCACCAAUCUCCUUCACAGUUUCGAUGCCAUAAUUAAUACUUCGAAGGAGGAGUCAUCAUCUCAAGGCACAAACACAGAAAACACGGCGGCAAAGAAGAGAUCUUUAAUCGCAGGCUUGCUUGCUGGCCUCGUUUCUCUUCUUGUACUCUUGGUCGUAGUGGUAAUCAAAUGGGAUUGCUGCUGCAUUAAGGGAUGGAAAGAAACAUCUAGAGAGUGCGUUCACGAAAAAUCAAUCCACGAAGAACCGAUUCACGAAGAACCAUUUCACACCGUUUAUCUAGUUCAACAACGCCGAGGAAGUUUGCCACCUGAAUAUAAAUCUGAGUCUACUUUGCCAGAGCUCGAAGUUACCUACGAGGAAGCUUUGCGUGAUUCUGUACCUGAAUAUUUACAGGUCAUACAGCAAGACCGGCUAAAUGCGAUGAUCAAUUGGGCAACUGUUGAUUUGAUCAGAAGGUCUCAGCCAGCCCAAAUGCCACAUAUCUAUGAUCUUCAUCGAUUAAGGAAUCAGCCAGUGUCAGAAGGUGAAUAUAGAGCUCGUGUGGAACUUAUCCGAUCUCUCUAUUCGUCCAUGUUACCACCGCAAGGUGUUGAUGUACCUCAGCCUGUUGUUGAGGGGAUUAGAGAAGUAAAUCCCCCUGCAAACGCCUUGGAGCGGGUGGCGACAGAACGGCUUGGAACAGUGGAACUUGGAACGGAACAGCUGGCAACGGAACAUAUAGCAACCGAACAGCUGGUAACAGAUACUGGGCAGCUUGGGACAUGACAGCAUGGAUCUGAGGCAGUCUGGAUCUGAGCAGCCUGGAGCCGAAGAGCUGGCAACCGGAGAGCCUGGAACAGAGCUGGAAAGGAACUUGUCAGCUUAAAGGUUGGCUUCUGACGAGUUGGAGCACGGUGAAGAAAGGGACUGGGAAGAUAUAGAUGAGAUUAAUUAGGAAGAGUUGGAAAUAGAAGAGGUUGG